CAGCUUACAUCUCACAUCUGUGUGAAGAGAAGGAUGAAAAAGAAGCUUGACAAAUUUCGCUCUAUACAAACGUGGAUAAUCAGUGCGGGGUCUCUCGUGCUCCCGUGGAAACAAAGCGACACCAACCAAAUGCGGAAUUUACUUUAUCUCCGACUUCAGCUGUGUAUGUAGUGGCUCCACCGGCGAUCGCGCUGCUGUUUAGAUUUAUACAGCUUCGGGACUUAACGUUACAUUUGAAGAAGCAUCGUUGGCCUGCUAGUUUCGUAAAAAAAACCUCUUUCACGCCUUGACUACAACGAGGAGGAGAAAGCUUUUUGGGCGGCGAGAUGCACCAUUUGGAGGGCUGAGCUGUAGCUCCUGAGCUUCAACAUGGGAGAAGGAAGCAGGGUAUCGUAGCCAUGAAGACGCCGCCAUAUUUCGCUGAUCUGGGAAUAUACGCACCUAUGGCAUCAUGUUUAGUGUGAGCUCACCAGCAAGGAUGCCUGUUCACCCUGGAGAAGAAUGGUUCACUCCACUACUGUUCCCCUUCCAGAGGCAGGGGACAUUAACGCCAGUCUCUGCUGCCUCGUUAAGGGGCUGUUGAACCUUUCAGAGAGGCUAACGAUGGAGAACAUCUCCAUGGGCUCCCGGUCACCCCAGGAUCCAGCCACACCAACCCCGGAGUCCCCUGAGAGCCUGCAAGGCGUCGGCCUACCUCUGCAGAUCUUCUUCUGCUUUGUCAUGGCCGCCAUCCUGCUUGUGGCUCUGUUGGGAAACAUGGUGGUGUGCUUGAUGGUGUACCAGAGAUCUGCCAUGCGUUCAGCCAUUAACAUCCUUUUGGCGAGCCUGGCGUUUGCAGACAUGAUGCUGGCCAUCCUGAACAUGCCCUUCGCUCUGGUGACCGUUGUGACCACCAAGUGGAUUUUUGGAGACGUUUUUUGUCGAGUUUCAGCCAUGCUCUUUUGGUUUUUUGUGAUGGAGGGUGUGGCUAUUCUGCUUAUAAUAAGCAUAGACCGUUUUCUUAUUAUUGUCCAGAAGCAAGAUAAGCUUAGCCCACAGAGAGCUAAGCUGCUCAUAGUGGUCACAUGGGGACUCUCUUUUAUUUUCUCUUUCCCCUUGGCUAUCAGUUCCCCUUCCCUACAGAUUCCUCCCAGGGCCCCUCAGUGUGUAUUCGGCUACAGCGUUGAGCCUGGUUACCACACCUAUGUACUGGUAUUAAUGCUAGUCUUCUUCUUCCUACCUUUCAUGGUCAUGCUGUACACAUUUAUGGGGAUCCUGAACACCAUCCGCCACAAUGCCAUCCGCAUCCACAGCCACCCAGACAGCAUCUGUCUGAGCCAGGCCAGCAAACUGGGUCUGCUGAGCCUCCAGAGGCCUUUCCAAAUGAACAUAGACAUGAGCUUCAAGACCCGUGCCUUCACCACCAUCCUCAUCCUCUUCUCUGUGUUUACAGUGUGCUGGGCACCCUUCACUGCCUACAGUCUGGUUGCUACCUUUAGUGAUAGCUUCUACCACAAAGACAGCUUUUUUCAAAUUAGCACAUGGGUCCUGUGGUUGUGCUACCUCAAGUCAGCCCUCAACCCUCUCAUUUACUACUGGCGGAUCAAAAAGUUCCGCGACGCCUGCCUUGAUCUGAUGCCCAAGUACUUCAAGUUUCUUCCUCAGCUGCCAGGCAACACCAAGAGACGCAUACAACCGAGUGCAGUUUACGUGUGCGGAGAGCAUCGCUCUGUGGUAUGAAGGAUAAAUCCACCCUCAAACACUGUUAAAAACGGAUUUUUACACAAUGUAUCUUGCAGUUCUGAGCCUGUUUUGUUGUUUGGUGAUAUACUUCUCUUGACAUGUGAUCAGAAUGAAAAUAGCACUGCAUUAAAAACAGCAAGGGGCUGAUCUGUUGCAAGUACUAGUGAGAAAACAUAAGACCAUCAAGGAAAUCCACUUUUUGUCUUUUGUGAGUUUUAGGACUAAUUAGAUACCAAAUGACCUGUGCACCAUGGUGAAUAUCAUUUGAUUUUUAAAACUGGAACAGGGCUUGGUAUUGUUUGAACUUUUCUGAAAUGUAACCUGGGUAGUUCGUCCCUGAUACCAUCCUUAAGGAAUAUAACAGAAUUUUCUUCAAAACUCUUUUUUACAUGAAAAAAGAAGCCAAACUUAGCAAAUGUUAAACAGAAAAUAUAAACAGCUUUACAAGAGCUUUGCCUUAUAAAUUACAGCAUAGAUUUUUAAAUUAUCUGUCUGAUUAGAAAAUAUUCUGAUGAUAUUCAAAUUAUGUUGCAUUUCCUUGCUGCAGCCCCUGCAGUGUUUGAUGCAGUGCUAAUGUUGGUGUCAGUUUUUCUCUGAGGUUUGACAACAAUCAGGGUGUGUAUGAAGACUCUCAGUAGAUCAUGGAACAUCAGAUUGGUCAAGGCAACUGGACUUGCCGUGUGGAAGAACCAGAUUCCCAUUUUGAAAGAGGAAAAAUAUAGUUGCUGUACUGAUAUGAUUUGCAGUAGUAUUUUCUACAUUAUAUUUGUCACAAGGUCAUUUCAAAUUGCUCCUCAUACAGUCGAUUGUAGCUGAUAUUUCUAAAACUUGAAUCCAGAUACAAAAUUUGAACUUGUAACUACCCUGAAAGUCCAGUUGCCUUUGCGUGUGUGGAGAUUAGUUCAUUCAGUUCAUUAUAUAUCCAGAAGUACCAGCUGAAAGACAGCUGUGUUGGCUGUUUUGUCUCAGUCUGACCAAACAACAGGUACAUUUCUCUUUGAUUUAGUUAUUGUAGAUAAAGAAUCUCACUGGAAAAAUCUUUUCAUAGAUGUGUGUAAGAUUUUUACCUUAAUACAGUUAAAAUUGGCAAAAUUAUUAUGGUAGUCAUAACUGUCUGAUCAAAGUCAACAAGAAUACUAAACUGAUCUUUAACAGGUUUGAAAACCUUUUUUUUUUUUUGGUACAAAACAUAUUUCAAUUGGAUAGUCAGCUUUAUAGAUAGACCAGAAUGCAGUGCAGACGUUUCCAGCUGAAGAAAGAACCUUGGAUGAUGUUCUGUGCUAUCACUAUAACUCCACCUACACAUCAGAAACUCAUUUGAAGGUGAUGCAAUGUCCUUCUGUGUAAUAAAAGAAACCUUCUAAGUGAAGUAGUUGACUGAAGGAAACUGUAAAAGUAAAUGAAAACACUUUUAUAACUCAUGGAAUGCACUGAAUGGCACAUACUGUGUGAGAGUAUAAACUGAUGAAGUUUUCCUUUAAUGUUGUACGAUGAAGACGGGCGCUGCUGGGUUCCACUUGACUAUACCUUUUUCUUGCCACUGGGAUCAUGAGUCAUGGGGAAAGGACAGUGUGUUUAAGCUGCAUAGAAUUUAUUUUAUGAGGCAUGUAAAUUAAUAGCUUAAAUGGAAUUUGAAUAUGGUCAGAAAGUGGCCACGACACAUUUGGACGUGUGUAUUUCUAUUUAAAUGUUUUGGAUGUGCCUAUUGAUUAGUCCAUUUGCCAGUCAGAAUGCUGCUAUAUCUGGUGAAAAUGUGCAAUUUCAGUGUACUGUACUGUUGAAUGUAAUAAA